AUGAUCGAAUAACCAGAUAUAUUUAAUGAUGAUUAAGCAUAUAAAAAAUAUUUAGAAAUAAAAGAAUAGACAGAAAAAGAAAAGAAAGCAAGAGUAGAUAAAAUUUUGGAUGAUUAUUGUUAUCGCUAAUUAAAUUUGCCAGCUUCUGAAUAUAGAAGUUAAUGGACUGAUUUAAUUUAUAGGCCAUAACAUUAUCCUGUAGAAUUAGUUCAUCCAGAAAGAGUUCAUUAUACAUCUUAAUUUGUUGGUUUUAAUCAAUAAUCAAAUUAUUAAUAAAAAAGAUAAAAGGCUAUGAGCAGAGUGCCUUAAUAAGUUUAAUAUUAUUAUCCUCCUUCAAAUCCAUUUUUAUAAAAUGCUUAACAAAGUCUAAAUUAAUAAUAGUUAUUACCAAGUUUGAGUUUAUAACAAGGAAAUUUAGGUUAUAAUUAAUAAUUAAUGACAUAAUCUACUCCUUAAAUAGUUUAUUAGAAUGAUGCAAAAUCAGAUUUUUUAAGAAAAUGUGAUAAUUUAUAGAAUAGAAUGGAUUAUAAUAUCAGAAAUGUUGAUAAAUUUUACUAAUAUUAUUGA